AUGAACGAAACUGAGGGUAAGAGCAGUGUGGCUCGUUUGCUCAAUGCUCUUGAGUGUGAGUUAGUGGCGGGCAGCGAGAAAGGAGAUCCCACCGAAAAACAACUGAAAGUCACCCUGGAAGAUGCAAAUCUAUGGCAAAAAUUCAAAGCAGUCACCAACGAAAUGAUUGUCACCAAGAAUGGAAGACGGAUGUUUCCAGUUCUGAAAAUAAGUGUAUCUGGAUUGGAUCCAAAUGCCAUGUAUUCAUUCCUGCUUGACUUUGUUGCUGCUGAUAGUCAUCGAUGGAAAUACGUGAAUGGUGAAUGGAUUCCAGCUGGUAAACCAGAACCCCUGACACAGAGUUGUGUUUACAUCCACCCUGACUCCCCUAACUUUGGGGCACACUGGAUGAAAGCUCCAAUCUCUUUCAGUAAAGUCAAGUUAACAAAUAAAGGCAACACUGGUGGGCAGGUAAUUCUAAAUUCUCUGCAUAAGUACAAGCCUCAGGUUCAUAUAGUGCGAGUAGGGGGCCCUUGCAGAAUGAUUUCAAAUCACUCUUUUCCUGAGACCCAGUUCAUUGCAGUGACUGCAUACCAGAAUGAAGAGGUUACAGCUCUGAAGAUCAAGAACAAUCCUUUCGCAAAAGCAUUCCUGGAUGCCAAAGAAAGGGCCAGUUGUAAGGAUUGCUCAGAAGACUUUUCUGAAAAUCAGCACAUGAGUUACUCUCACAUAAGCAGUUGGUUGAUACCCAAUGCCGAGACCAUUUGUGCAUCAACAAAUCCGAAUUACCAGUACCGUGCUACUUUACCAAUUCCUGGUGCGCACUCGUACCAUAGCUGUGAACGCUACAACUCGAGGCGCAGCCACCUCUCCAAUCCAUACCCUACAUCCUACAUGCACAGAAAUUACUCAACAGUGUCCAUUUCAGAAAGCUCUAGUAGCAGCCUUCAGGCUUUACCAGGGCAUGACAACUGGUCAACCUUGCCACCUCCACCGUAUGCCAACAUGUUACCAGUGACUCAUGCAGCUGGAACUGGAUCCAAUGGCAGCCACUACACAUGCCACUGGACAGUUGGUAGUGGUUCUGUUCCCCCACCCAACCCACUGAGCUCAGCUGCUGGAAAUCCUCAAAGCCCAUUUAUUCGAGGAAGCCUCAGUUUGCCGACAACCCCUUCAUCCUUGGCCACUGUGACGAGUUCAAGUGAACCAGCCAUGAGUGAAUCUCCACUAGCUAGACUUGCGGUAUCUUCAUGGAGUUCAGCUUCAUCCUCAUUCUAA